UUAUAUUCUGCGAACUAUUUUUAAUGCAUUUGAUAACCACCGUUAUAACAAAAUAUCCACCAUUUUUAGUAUCUCGAAGUACUCUCCAUCCCACACAUACACACAGAUACUUCAGACGUCAAUUAUUUGUAUAUUAUAAUAAGUGAUUUAACUUGAGUUUAGUUUAGGUGCUUCAAUUAAAAAAAACACUGUUUGCUGAUUUGUGUGACUUGCAGCUAAAAUUAUAAAAUGGAGGAAGUUAAAGUUGGUGGGGUUCCAGAGAAAAAGCUGAAUCCAAAAGAUAGGUCAAAUUUUAUUUCUCGUUUAUUUUUCUGUUACUUACUUCCUUACUUUGUCAAAGGUUACAAACGAGAACUAACCGAAGAUGAUAUGUACAGACAUCGAAGUGAGCACGAUUCUAGCAAGCUAGGACAAAGGCUGGAGGAAAGGUGGAUCAAACACGUAGCUAAAAAUAAGAAUCCUGCAUUUUGGAAAGUGUUAAUGGGAACGUUUUUUUGGGAAAUAUUCGGUCAGGACAUUCUUGUUAUAUUAUGUGAAGCAGUAAGAAUGGCUCAACCGUUUAUAAUAUCAAAGUUACUAAUCGUUUAUGAAAAAGAUCCCAAAGAAAAUAUUAACGAAGUUUACCUGUACUCAGGCUUAAUAGUUGCGACUUCAUUUAUCAGUGUGGUCCUUGUACAUAGAUUUUGUUUAGGACUGUUUCAAAUUGGUAUGAAGAUGAGAAUAGCAUCGUGUUCUCUAAUAUAUAGGAAAGCUCUAAGACUCAGCAAAUCUGCUUUAGCCGAAACUACCAUUGGACAGAUGGUAAAUUUACUUUCUAAUGAUGUAGGCAGAUUUGACACAGCUCCCAUUCACCUACAUCACUUAUAUAUCGCUCCUAUACAAGCGCUUAUUGUGAUGGUAUUUUUAUAUAUAGUUGUGGGAUGGACAGGACUUCUUGGAACAUUCUUUUUGCUACUGUCCAUACCGCUACAGUCAUGGUUGGGCAAGAAGACUUCGCAGUUUAGGCUGAAAACUGCUACUCGAACCGAUGAAAGGGUUAGACUUAUGAAUGAAAUCAUAUCUGGAAUUCAAGUAAUCAAAAUGUAUACUUGGGAAUACCCAUUUGCAAAGUUAGUGGAGUAUGUGAGGGGGAAUGAAAUAAAAUUCAUUAGGAAAACAUCCGUAAUCCGUGGAAUUCUAAUUUCCAUAGCUAUGACUUUAAAUGAUAUAGCUGUUGCCAUAUGCCUGGUGACAUAUGUAUUGACAGGAAAUCCCCUAACAGCUUCAUAUGCGUUUACAGUUACUUCAUAUUAUCGUCUCAUGGGCAGCCUUACUUACUUCUUACCCAUGGCCGUUUCUCAAGGCUCCGAAAUGUGGAUAUCCAUGAAGAGAAUCGAGAAAUUUUUGCAAUAUGAUGAACUUAACAUUGAAAAUCUUAAAAAUUCACUGAAUGGUAAACAAAACGGUAAACAAGACUUACAAGUGUUAACUGGAUCUGAUAAGGGAAGCAUUCAUAUUAAAAAGGCGUCUGCUAAAUGGUUGAAGUCACAAUACGAGAACAAUUUAGAGAACAUUGACAUGGAUGUGGCAGCUGGUAGUGUAGCUGCUGUUGUUGGAUCCGUAGGAAGCGGAAAGACAACUUUGUUGCACAUAAUUAUGAAAGAGCUCGAAUUAGAAAGUGGAUCUGUUAAUGUCACUGGAAAAAUUUCGUAUGCUUCUCAAGAGCCUUGGUUAUUUGGAGGUAGUAUUAGGCAAAAUAUCCUAUUUGGAGAAACAUAUGACCAACUCAAAUACAACGAAGUAGUUCGUGUAUGUGCACUAGAAAGGGACUUUACUCUAUUCCCUUAUGGUGAUCGAACCUUAGCGGGUGAACGAGGUGUUACCUUAAGUGGAGGACAAAGAGCUAGAAUAAACUUAGCUAGGGCAGUUUACAAAGACGCUGAUAUCUACUUACUAGAUGAUCCUUUAUCCGCUGUGGAUACACACGUUGGUAAACAUAUAUUUGAAGAAUGUAUUUGUGAAUACCUUGGAAGCAAGUGCGUCGUACUGGUCACUCAUCAACUACAGUAUUUAAAAAGUAUUCAGAAUAUAUAUUUAUUAAAAAAUGGACAAAUAGCUGUCUCCGGGUCCUAUAAUAAUAUAAAAGAUUCUAAUACACAUUAUAGUGAACUGUUGCAUGAUAUAGAAGAGGAGGAAGAAGAGAUAAGAAGGAAGUCUAAGGUUGUUCAAACAAAAGAAGAAGAAGCUGAAGGAGAAGCAGGUCCUGUAUUACAAAGAGAAGGUAAAAGUACAGGAAUUAUUUCUGGACGUGUUUAUCGAAAGUAUGCUCAAGCUGGUGGACAUAUCUUUAAGGCUUUUUCUAUAUUAUUCCUCUUUAUACUUAGCCAAGCUUUGUUAAGCGUAUGUCAAUAUUUUGUUACUUUCUGGGUCAAUAUUCAACAAUGGAAAUCUUCACAAAACAUACUAAACUCAACAGACACUGGGGUUGUAGUAGAAAAUGUUACCGCACCGUUAAAUUUGACCACUCCUCCUCAAUCGACCGACAAUACAGGUUUUGCUGAUUGGUGGCUAACCCCAGUUUUUGUGAGUGAAAACACUUCAUUCUACUUCAUUGGUUUAAACAUGGUGAUGGUAAUUAUUAUGAAUAUCAGGUCGUCUUCGUUUUAUGCGUGGGCUAUAACAGCAUCAACAAAAAUGCACAAUAUGAUGUUUGAGAACAUAGUUUACAGCCCAAUGAGGUUUUUCAAUAUAAAUCCUUCUGGAAGAAUUCUGAAUAGGUUUUCCAAAGACAUCGGUGCUUUAGAUGAAGUUUUACCAAUGACUAUCAUGGAUACUCUUGGAAUUGGCCUUGAGGUUGUUGCGAUAUGUUUCGUACUAGGUAGUUUAACCUACUGGAUAAUGAUACCUACUAUCCUUAUAGGGAUACUGUUCUAUGUAAUGAAGGUCGUAUUUUUAGAAACUAGUCGAGAUGUUAAGAGAGUGGAAUCAGUAAACCGAAGUCCUAUCUAUACUCAUCUAACAGCUACACUUCAAGGAUUGACUACUAUAAGAGCAUUCAAAGCUGAAGGAAUACUCAAAAAUGAGUUUGAUAGUUAUCAAAAUAAUCAUAGCGCAGCAUUUUUCAUGUAUCUUGCAUCCACUAGGACCUUUGGUUUCUGGCUGGACUUUAUAUGUGUAAUAUACACUGCCUUAGUACUAUUGUCAUUGAUUUUCAUUGAAAGUGAAACAUUUGGAGGAAAUAUGGGUCUUGCCCUCACGCAAACCUUAGCUCUGACGGGAAUGUUUCAGUGGGGGAUGCGACAAUGGUCUGAACUAGAAAACCAAAUGACCUCAGUGGAAAGGGUCCAAGAAUACGCUGACUUAAAACACGAAGAUGAUAAUUAUACUGUAGAAAUAGAUGAAACAUGGCCAGAAAAAGGCAAAAUAGAAUUUAAAAAUUUGUCUCUUCAGUAUUCACCAAAUGAUCCUCCAGUUCUUAAGAAUCUCAGUUUUGUUAUCAAACCUUCGGAGAAGGUGGGUAUAGUGGGAAGAACCGGUGCAGGAAAGUCUUCAUUAAUUCAAGCUGUUUUCCGGUUGACUCAUAUUGAUGGUAGUAUACUUAUUGACGAUAUAGAUACAAAGUCUGUUGCUUUGAAAAAGCUCAGAUCUAAAAUUUCCAUUAUUCCUCAAGAACCAGUACUCUUCUCUGGAACAUUGAGAAACAAUUUGGAUCCUUUCGAUGAAUACAGUGAUGAAAUAUUAUGGAAUGCUUUGGAACAAGUAGAACUCAAGAGUGCAGUAGAUGACUUGCCAGCCGGUCUGGACAGCAAAAUGGCAGAAGGAGGCUCUAACUUCAGUGUAGGUCAAAGGCAGCUGGUCUGCUUAGCGAGAGCAGUUAUCAGGAGCAACAAAAUACUAGUCUUAGAUGAAGCCACAGCCAACGUUGAUCCAUAUACUGACAGUUUAAUUCAAAAGGCAAUAAGGAAAAACUUUGAUAAAUGCACAGUAUUAACCAUAGCUCAUAGAAUAAACACAAUAAUGGACUCAGACAAGGUUCUAGUCAUGGAUGCUGGAAGAGUGGUAGAAUUUGAUCAUCCUCAUACACUUCUACAAAAUCAAAAUGGUGUUUUCUAUUCCUUGGUUAUGCAGACUGGAAAAGCUACAGCAAGAACAUUAAUGGCGAUUGCAGAAGAAAAUAAAACAAUAAAAGACAAAACGGAAUGAUAUGAAUCUUAAUAGUGAUUUUUACUCCUAUAUCUCAAUGUUUAUAUUGGGCAGAUGAAACUUUCCAAAGAGAUUUUUUGUAUUAUUUAUUUAACAUUAAAGAAAGUCUGAAGGAAAAUGGAACAAUAAAGUUUUCGUUUAAGAUAUA